AUGGUAUUAUGUUUAAUUAUAAAUUAGGAUAAUGAAGAUGAAUUGGAAAAACAAGCUAGAUUAAUGGCAGAGAAAUAUAAAGAUGGGCCUAAAAAGAAGGGAGCUUUGGUGAAGAAAACUUAAGAAGUAUCUCAUUUAAAUAAAUUAUUUAUAGAGAACUUAAUUUGAUUCAGCAACACAUGAAAUGUAAAAAUAGGCAUAACAGCAUCCUCCUAAAUGA